AAAUAUGAAUAAGAUAGAUUUGGCGAGUCUUUAUCCAGAGAGAUUCAACGUCUUUAGAGGAAAACAAAUCGGAAAUAACUUUUCGGUCGUACUAUUUUCACGAUGGAACCUUACCAACCAGUAUUGUACGCGUUCGGAAUAAGUUUUCCAGCGGCGUAGAGCAUUUCAACAUCACUAUGAAUAGUUCUGACGAACUUUUUCAAACGUUUAAUUCGGUUGACAGUUUUACAUAUGACAGCUGGAGGUAAACAAAUCCCCCAAGUGGCGAAUGACCAAUAGGGUAAAACCUCAAUAAACAACAAUUGUCUUUAUAUCGGAAGUUCAGCACAGUUCAGUUACCUCUUGAAAGGUAAUUGGGAUAUCAUCACGAGGCAUCACAGGAUUGAAUGAUUUGAAAUGAUCGACAUCUAUUUGGGAUAUGCAGCAUUGGUUCCACUGGUAAUGACAACCUAUUAGUAUUCUCGAAUUCACAGCCGGGAUUUAGGUAUUAGAAUGACAUGUCUGCUAAGCAACGGAAGCGAACCGACAGUGAGCUGCGAGGACAAGAACGGCCGCAUAAUUGUGAGGUAUGUGAUAAAAAAUUCCCUCGGCAGCAUCAGCUAAAGAAACAUGCGUUAACCCACACCGGUGAGCGGCCGUUUAAAUGUGAAAUAUGCGGAAAAUCAUUUAUCAUGAAGUGUGACUUGAUCAGGCACAGAAAAGUUCACAGUAGUGAACGGUCGCAUAAGUGCGAGAUAUGUGACAAGAUUUUCCUUCUGCAGUCAAACCUGAAGAUUCAUGUGUUAACUCACACUGGAGAGCGACCGUACGAAUGUGAUAUAUGUGGCAAAUCAUUUAUCCAGAUGGGUCACUUGGUCAGUCAUAAACUCAUUCACAGUAAUGAACGGCCGCAUACGUGCAAGGUAUGUGGCAAAGGAUUCCGUCAGAAGAAUGGCCUGAAGAAACAUGUGAUCAGUCACACUGGCGCGCGACCGUUCGAAUGUAAUAUUUGUGGCAAAUCAUUUGCCCAGAGUUCUACCUUGUCCCGGCACAAUUUCAUUCACAAUAAAGAACGGACGCAUAAGUGCGAGAUAUGUGAUGAAAAAUUUUUUCAGCCGCAUCAACUGGAGAAACAUGUGGUAACCCACACUCAGGACGGGCCUUACAAAUGUGAGAUAUGUGGCGCAUCAUUCACCCAGAAUAGUAACUUGCUCACUCAUAGAUUCAUUCACAGUAAUUACCGCCAGCAUAAGUGCGAGAUAUGCGACAAAAAAUUCUUCCAGAAGUCUAACCUGCAGAACCAUGUGUUAACCCACACUGGUGAGCGCCCGUAUAAAUGUAAUAUGUGUGACAAAAUGUUCACACGACAUGCUUACUUAGCUUUUCACAAACUUACUCACGGUGAUGAUGGUCCUCGGAAGUGCGAGAUAUGUGACGAAAAAUUCCUUCAGCAGCACCACCUGCAGUCACAUAUGUUAACCCAUACUGACAAGCGGCCGCACAAAUGUGAUAUAUGUAGCAAAUCAUUCAAACACAAGGGCAGUUUGGCUAAACACAAACUCAUUCAUAGUAAAGGACCGAGCACAAUGACAACGGAAAUGCAGUAUGCUACAAUUUGCAAUGCUUUGGCAUAAGUUAGCGACCUACGAUCAGUGCAUUGCAGCAAUAUCGGCAUUGUACUAAACUCGCAAAAUUUGGCGAAAAGCAGAACGGCAAAACAGUAAAACAAGAGGAGCGUAGUAAACAAAUAAUUAUUAAUAAUAUUAAAUAAACAUCAGUGUUUGUAAUGAAUGUAAAGACGUUUUUACAUUAUUCAUUAAGUUGCUUUAUUUCGCGUCCGAAUUCACAUUUUUACUUAGUUCGCGAAUUCCCGG